AUUUUUAGUUAACAUGUUUCUUUGUUUGCUUCUAUAUUUCAUUUAUAAUAUAUACUAGUAAUAGUGUUGAAUCUUCACAACAAAAAAGUAGUACAGACUGAUGUUUUAAAGCAGUACAGAUUUUUUCGUUGUUUGGAUUAACAGAGUUGAAACUUGCUUCUGAAGCAUCAAACAUCAGCCAAAAUGUCUCGGAAAGGAUUGAUGGAGCAAGACCUAAGUAAAUUGGAUGUGACAAAGCUACAUCCGCUGUCGCCUGAAGUUAUUUCUCGUCAGGCAACAAUAAACAUUGGCACUAUUGGCCAUGUGGCUCAUGGGAAGUCAACAGUUGUAAAAGCUAUAUCUGGUGUGCAGACUGUUCGUUUUAAAAAUGAGCUAGAGCGUAAUAUUACAAUUAAGCUUGGUUAUGCAAAUGCUAAGAUAUAUAAAUGUGAAGAAGACCGCUGUCCUAGACCCGCGUGCUACAAGGCUUAUGGAAGUGGAAAAGAAGACAGUCCCAUGUGUGACGUCCCUGGUUUUGAGAACUGCAAAAUGAAAUUGCUGAGGCAUGUAUCUUUUGUUGAUUGCCCCGGUCACGAUAUUCUCAUGGCUACUAUGCUUAAUGGAGCCGCAAUUAUGGAUGGAGCCUUGCUUCUAAUUGCUGCCAACGAGAGCUGUCCCCAACCUCAAACUUCUGAACAUUUAGCUGCUGUAGAAAUUAUGCGCCUUCAACAUAUAAUAAUUCUUCAAAAUAAAGUUGACCUAGUUCAGGAAAAUGUUGCUAUCAACCAGCACGAGGCAAUUCAGAAAUUUAUUCAGGGAACUGUUGCAGAUGGUGCCCCAGUUGUACCAAUAUCUGCACAAUUGAAGUACAACAUUGAUGUCGUCUGUGAAUAUAUUGUGAAAAAGAUUCCCAUUCCCGAGAGGAAUUUCAUUUCACCACCAAAUAUGAUUGUUAUCCGGUCAUUUGAUGUUAAUAAACCUGGUUUUGAAGUUGAUGAGAUCAGAGGUGGUGUUGCUGGUGGCAGUAUUUUGAAGGGUGUAUUGAAGGUAAAUCAACUUAUUGAGGUUCGUCCUGGAAUUGUUGUCAAAGAUGAGAGUGGCAACAUCAAAUGUACUCCAAUAUAUUCAAGAAUAGUAUCAUUGUUUGCUGAGCAAAAUGAACUACAAUUUGCCGUGCCUGGAGGACUCAUUGGAGUUGGAACAACUAUGGAUCCAACACUGACACGUGCUGAUCGACUGGUGGGACAGGUUCUUGGGGAGGUCGGGUCACUUCCUGAAAUUUUUGUUGAACUAGAGGUGAAUUUCUUUUUGCUUCGACGUCUUUUGGGUGUGAGGACAAAGGACUCAGAGAGGCAGGGCAAAGUCUCAAAGUUGGCAAAGGGAGAAAUCCUCAUGUUAAAUAUAGGGUCCAUGUCAACAGGGGCUCGUGUUGUUGCUGUCAAGAAUGUUUUCGCAAAAUUGCAACUGACGUCUCCCGUGUGUACCAGCAAAGGGGAGAAAAUUGCUCUUAGUCGGAGAAUCGAGAAGCAUUGGCGUCUUAUCGGUUGGGGCCAAAUCCAAGCUGGUAUUACUCUUGAUGUUCCACCCUGCCCCAUAUGAGCAAUUUCCACAACUAGUCAAAUAUAGGAAUUUGGAAUUCUGGAUACUAUAGUCAUACAUUUAAUUUUUUUCCUCUUGUUUCUUUGUCCAAGUGGAUUUUACCUUGUAAUUCAUUAGUUUAGGUUAUUUGAAAUGAGUUCCAUUCAACUUGCGGCAGAUGUUUGAACCAACCACUAAUGUAAUACUAUUAUCUA